AUGCCUGUGAUAUCCGUCUUUGCCAGUGAGGUUUCUCAGUUAAGGGUUCGGUUUGCGUCCAUCAUUGUCGACAAUGUUGCUGUUGCGAGGAUCAACGCGGUUAUUUGCGUGAAAAUAAUCCAAUGCAGUCUCAUCGGAAAGGCAUACAGUACAGAUGCGCUGGGAAUUUGCAUCAGCCUCAAGGAGUUUUUCAUUGGAAACACAAUGCCGGAUAUUGCGACCAACAUUGCUAUCGUUUCCCUGGCGGCGCAUCUAGCCUUAGCCUGGGGACUAUAUGUCAUUCGCACAUAG